AUGGCUAUUGACAUGGCCACAACCGAUGCUGAUGUUCAUGAGGCAAGCGACUGCCAGGACGCGUACAGCCUGGCGCGGGAAUUCUACGAUGCUUACAAGAAGUACGCAGCUCUCGUCCAACCAGGGGUUGGUCCUUGUGAGCAGCAAGAACUUGAUGCCCUGACACUUCAGCUGAAAUCGAUUGCUCACCAUGUCAUGCAGCUCAAGCUGUUCUCGCCAAAUGAAGAGCUGGAUGACAUCAGUACAGCUGAUCUCAAGUACAUGCUUGUUCCGUAUCUGCUUGGUGAAGUGGCAGCAGCUACACGAGACAUGGCCGAGCGUGGGUCGCGCCUCCAGGGUGCUUUGGUGUACUGGCGUGCGUUUGCUGCAGACUGCCACCGCCUAGCUGUGGGACAUGCGGACGAUCACCGUUUCCUGAUCCAGGAUCAGCCAUCACAGGAUGCGUCGGUACGUCGCGACGAGAAAAUUGCACGCCACAAGCGGUGCAAAGAGCUGGAUGAGAAGGUGCAAUAUAUGUUUGGCAAAAAACGGGAAUGCUUUGGAGAUGAGCAUGCUUGGGGAACCAACAGCGCCUUCGACGAAGACAUGGAGCGCGACUUGAUCAUCAUGCUGUUGCGCAGAGCUGUUGCUUCGGUGCCCGACAGCAUUUCCUCAGCAGAGCAGGAACUACCCUUGUUGGAGAUGAUGGUGGCUCAGGGAGGUCCGGGCAGAAAGACAAUUGAACCCGAGCGGCCUGUUGCAAAGCCUGUGUGCGUCCGGAUCCAGGACAAAGCAGAAUUGCAAAGACUCUACAGAGAAAUGGUUUUUCAAUGUCCUCAUCCACUGGCCACCAUGUCCAUAGAGGAAGCAGCGGACAUGGAGAUAAAGGAAAUGCGUGAAAUUGAGGCUGCUCGUGCACGGCGUCAAGUUGAGGAGCAAGCGAGCAAUGCAGAAAGAUGGUGGGAUGGCGACCGUUAUGGAGCAAAGGAGGAGUGGGAAGAACAUCAGAAGUUGUACAAGGAUCGGGAUUUUGACGAGUUCAAAGACGAGCACCCAUGGGGAUCAGGAAACAAAAUGGCCAACGUAGGAUAG